AUGCCAUUGCUCCGAACGUUCCGUGCUCUCUCCACCUGGAAAGUUCUUAAGGGUCAGUCCGGACUGCUCCCCGUGCAGAAGCGGCGGAUCUACGACAUCACGAACGUGCUUGAAGGCAUUGGGCUGAUUGAGAAGAGGGGCAAGAACAUUGUGCGAUGGGCGGGGAUGAACCUGCAAGGGGAGGGAGCAUCACGCAUGCAACACGACGUGACCAGUGCCCAGGUGCGGUGCUGUGCGGUGCUGUGCUUGGUGGGGGGGCAGAGGGGGGUGGGUGGGAAGGGGGAGGGGGGGGGACUACUUUUCUUCUUUUCCUCGCUCCUCUGCCUCUCUGCCUCCUCCACCUCUCCUCCUCGUCCGCCCCUCUCUAUCCCUCUCUCCUUUUCUUCCUCGUUCCUCCUCCCUGUGCUGACACCAGGCUCAGCUAGACGAGUUGAGGCAGCAAGACGGGCAGCUGGACAAAGACAUCAAGCGUGUCAUAGUAAUUUGUCUCCCCUUUCUGCUACCUUCCCCUCUUCUGCCACCUUCCCCCCUUCUGCUACCUCCCCCCUUCUGCUACCUCCCCCCUUCUGCUACCUCCCCCCUUCUGCUACCUCCCCUCUUCUGCCACCUCCCCCCUUCUGCCACCUCCCCCCUUCUGCCACCUCCCCCCUUCUGCUACCUCCCCCCUUCUGCCACCUCCCCCCUUCUGCCACCUCCCCCCUUCUGCCACCUCCCCCCUUCUGCCACCUCCCCCCUUCUGCCACCUCCCCCCUUCUGCCACCUCCCCCCUUCUGCUACCUCCACAGGGCCAUGCAGGAGCGGCUACGGUUGUCGGGCAACGACGGGGAGAAGAAGCAGUGGAUGUUCGUCACAGAAGAUGAUAUCAAGGGCCUUCCGUGUUUCCAGAAUGAGACGCUCAUCGCCAUCCGUGCUCCGCAUGGAACCAUGCUGGAAGUUCCUGAUCCUGACGAGGUGAGUCCCGAUAGAGUGAGUGCUGACGUGGCAGGCAGGGCACACAGCGGCCCUUCGCCAUGCAGCAAGCGGUACCAGAUCCUGCUGCGCAGCGCCAAUGGCCCCAUUGAUGUCUACCUUGUCAGAGUAUACCUCUUUCCUGCCUUCCCUCCCCACCCCCCGGGCUCCCAAACUCCCUGUUUCUCACUCGGUCUCCACUCAGCUGCAUUCUGCGAUCCCUCAUUCUUAAGGUCCUUUCUCUGA